ACGGCUGUCGCAGAAAGACGAUCGGCUCGGGAUGACUCGAAUACUUUCCACGUGCCGCUCGGGUUUGUUCUGUUUCAGAGCUGCAGGCUUGAAGGCAGGAAGCGGCUCAAAAGAUGAGCUGGUUGUGGUCAAUCUGACGGAUCAAGAUGUCGGAGAAGCAGGUCAGGAAGGCGUCCGCCAACAAGAACAUCAAGAAGCUGAGGGCCAUCAGCGCCGUCUGCAGCCUGACCAGCAGCUGGCAGCAGUGGGUGUCGGACAACGAGACCAAGCAGGCCAGCGAGCCCAGCGGCUGGUCGCCUGCUUCCCUGGGAGGACCAGAGGAGAAGCCCAAGAAGACCUGGGUCCCCAAGAAACCUCCUGCAGAAGCUCCCAAAGAGGCCCCAACUGCUGAGGAGGCCAAAGCUGAGCCUCCGUCUCGCAUCAAGACCAAGCAGGUGGUGAAGACGGUGACCAGCGGCGUCCAGGAGAAGAGCGCCGGCGUCGGACUGCUGACCGAGAAGAUCCAGAAGGAACGCCCGCCGUCCGGAGAGGAGAUCGACAAGCUGCUGAAGAAGAAGAGCUCUCCAACGAGGAGGAGGAAGUGUUCCAACAUGGUGUCGUCUCUGACCAAGAGCUGGAAGCAGGUGGAGACCGAGCAGAAGGUUGGAAAAGAUGGAGGAAGAACCAGCAGGACGGAGGAUGAAAGAUCUGGAGGAAGAACCAGCAGGAUGGAGGAUGAAAGAUCUGGAGGAGGAAGAACCAGCAGGACAGAGGAUGAAAGAUCUGGAGGAGGAAGAACCAGCAGGACGGAGGAUGGAGGAUGGAUGGAGGUGGAGAAGAAGCUGGACGUGGCGGACAAACUAAAGACGAACUUUAAUAAAGAAGAAGAAGAGAUGAGCUCUGAAGAAGAAUCUGCAGUGAGGAUAAAAAGACCUUCAGCUCCAGUGUACAAAAAGGAGGCCGAGGAUGCCAACAGGAUCAACGCUCUCUCCAAGAAGUUCAGCGCCGUGGGGAACCUGAAGAGCCGCUGGCAGACCUGGGCCUCGGAGCACUCGGUGGGCCAGAAGCUGAACCCGUUCAGCGAGUACUUCGACUACAACUACUCCAUGUCUCUGAGGCUGCAGAAGGGCCAGGACGGCUACGGUCGGCCCAAAGAGGGAACCAGGACGGCAGAACGGGCCAAACGGGCCGAGCAGCACAUCCACCGGGAGAUCGACGACAUGUGCUACGUGAUCAGGACCAUGGCCGACCCGGAUCCGGACGGCAAGACGAGGGUCACCUUCGGCCAGCUGUUUGACAGGUACGUCCGGAUCUCCGACAAGGUGGUGGGGAUCCUGAUGAGAGCCCGGAAACACGGGAAGGUGGCGUUCGAAGGAGAGAUGCUGUGGCAGGGUCAGGACGAUGCCGUCACCAUCACUCUGCUGGUGUAGGAGCCACACCUGGACUCACCUGGAUCCUCACAGCUGAUUGGACGACGCUCAGGAAUCCUCACAGCUGACUGGACGACGCUCAGGAAUCCUCACAGCUGAUUGGACGACACUCAGGAAUCCUCACAGCUGAUUGGACGACACUCAGGAAUCCUCGUAGCUGAUUGGACGACACUCAGGAAUCCUCACAGCUGAUUGGACGACACAGCUGGACUUGUACACCUGGAAUCCUCUAAGAGCUGAUUGGACGACACUCAGGAAUCCUCACAGCUGAUUGGAAGACACUCAGGAAUCCUCACAGCUGAUUGGACGACACUCAGGAAUCCUCACAGCUGAUUGGACGACACUCAGGAAUCCUCACAGCUGAUUGGAAGACACUCAGGAAUCCUCAUAGCUGAUUGGACGACACUCAGGAAUCCUCACAGCUGAUUGGACGACACUCAGGAAUCCUCACAGCUGAUUGGACGACACUCAGGAAUCCUCAUAGCUGAUUGGACGACACUCAGGAAUCCUCACAGCUGAUUGGACGACACUCAGGAAUCCUCACAGCUGAUUGGACGGCACUCAGGAAUCCUCACAGCUGAUUGGACGACACAGCUGGACUUGUACACCUGGAAUCCUCUUAGAGCUGACUGGAUGACACUUGGGAACCUGUACACUUAUAAUCCUCUUACAGUUGAUUGGACAAAACUCUGGAAUCCUCACAGCUGAUUGGACGGCACUCUGAAACCUGUAAAUCACCUGUAAUGAUCUCACACCUGAUUGGACGACACUGGAACCUGUGAAAUCAUCUCAGAUCUUCUCACACCCGAUUGGGCGAUGUUCUGGAAUCCUCACAGCUGAUUGGACGAUACUCUGGAGCCUGUAAAUGACCUGAAACACCACCAGAGGGUUUUAGUUUGACCUGAGAGUCUCCAGUUGAAGAACAUCAUCAGAACUUGGAGUCUUUGUUUAGAAUCCAGAGAAUAUUUUGCUGCUAGUUCUGUAGAUACUUGAAGAUUGUUUCUUUGUGUCGUGGAUGUUUGAAUUCAGCGUUUUGAGACUUUGAAGCUGCAGAGAUAAAGUUCCUGCUUCAGGCUCCUUCAGUUUCCCUUCAGUUUGCAGAUUUUCAGAAGUGUCUCUUUGGCACUUUUCUUUAUGGCUUCUGUUAAUGAGAUCCUUGACUACGUGUUAAUGUACCAAAUAACCAGCAGCCUGCAGGAUUCUGCAGGACAGUAACUCAGACGGGGAAUCGGUUUCACUGCCUGAAUAUCUGCAGUUCAGCGUUCAUUAAACUGCAGCAGCGCUUUAAAACACUGAAGCUGUUUGAAUGUAAAGAAUGGUGGAAAAAGAGUUUUCUUUUCCAAAUAAAUGUUUGAAUAUUUGAAGAUUGA